AUGGCAUCUGAGAAUCAGAGGGCUCCUAUGUUGCCGAUCUCCUUUUUUAAAGUUAUUCUUAGAACGAAUCUUCAAACCGUUAAAAUACCAAAUAUGUUUACUGCCAAAUAUGGAGAUGGUCUCCAAAAUCCUUUCUUCAUGAACCUUCCUAAUCAAACUCAAUGGAAAGUGAUUUGGGAAAAUGAAAACGGUGAGAUUUGGCUGAAAAAGGGGUGGAAUGAAUUUACGGAACAUCAUUCCUUGGACCACGGAGAUUUAGUUUUCUUUGAAUACGUAGGAACAGAUCAGAUCAAUGUAAAUACGUAUUCUUCACAAAACAUGUCGUUGACUGGUUUAGUACGUGAAUUGUAUUCCAAAGGUGAGAGGUCUGUUCAAAGAACUUCAUCUCUGAACCACCCAAAUGAAACCAGGGCAAGAGAAGUAGCAUGCAAUUUCAUUUCAUGCAAUCCCUUUUUCACUGUUGUCGUCACACCUUCUCAUGUCAUGGAAUAUAGGAUGGUGGGUAAAUCUUAA